UAURCAUUUGGUUUGGUUUAUUUUUUCAGAAAGUUCUGUGUUUARAUAUUUUUUACUCAAACCAUCUUKUUUUAAGACCUUUUAUUCAAAAAWUUAUGUGUACAUGACCCAAGGCAUUCCUUAACAUAACUAUCUUGGCAUUGAAUGACUACCUAUUUUUCGUAAUAUAAUGCUUUUAUGUGAAAAGUAAAAUGAAUAAUACACAUGCAGAGUUUUCUAGCUGUUCAUUAUUUCAUGCAGUUGUCAGCACUUUCCAUGGAGAAAUUCUUACUAAUUUUUUAUGUUAGAGUGUGUCUUGCAAACCUAAAAACUUAUUUAUACAUUGUUACGCUUGUGUUCUGAGUUGGUUUCCAUUAUGUCUUAAUUAUUUUCAUCAACUAGAUUCUUCUUGGUUUUUGGAUGUUCGCCAGUUUUUGUCUGAGGAUAUUGGUUUUUUGCAUUCCCUCUUUUCUAUUGUAACAUCUCUCUCCAGUUAUUGGCCUUAUAAAUUUUCUCUUUGACAUUACUGCCAUAUAUUCUAUCCUGAGUUUGAUAAUGUCCUCCACAUCAUUUUCAAGAUCUAUGAGGAGGUCAAGUAUCUGAAUAAACAAUUAAAACAUGCCUUUGUUUGAUAAAUAAUYAGGAAGAUGACAGUGCCCUUCUGCGAUUCCUACAAUGCAAGUUUGGGAAAGGGMGAUCUAGUGGCCCUGAUUUCUUCUAUGAUCCUAAAUAUGCCUUGCGUCUUUGCCUCAAGGAAAAGCGUAUGCGCGCCUGUGUUCAUAUUUACAGCAUGAUGUUUAUGCAUGAAGAAGCUGUUGCACUUGCUCUUCAGGUUGACCCAGAGCUUGCUAUGGCUGAAGCAGACAAAGUGGAGGAUGAUGAAGACUUGAGGAAGAAACUUUGGCUUAUGGUUGCCAAGCAUGUUGUUGAGCAGGAAAAGGGUACUAAACGAGAGAACAUUAGGAAGGCAAUAGCAUUUCUCAAGGAAACUGAUGGUCUAUUGAAGAUCGAGGAUAUCUUACCUUUUUUUCCAGACUUUGCACUAAUUGAUGACUUCAAGGAAGCAAUUUGUUCAUCUUUAGAGGAUUACAACCAGCAAAUUGAGAAAUUGAAAGAGGAGAUGAAUGAUGCAACACAUGGUGCAGAUAACAUAAGAAAUGAUAUUGGUGCCCUUGCUCAAAGAUAUGCAGUCGUUGACCGUGAUGAGGAAUGCGGGGUUUGCCGGCGGGUUAUUUUGUCUGCGGGUGCGGAUUACCGAAUGGCCAGGGRUUAUACAACGAUAGGGCCAAUGGCCCCUUUCUAUGUCUUCCCUUGCGGACAUGCCUUUCAUGCGCAAUGUCUUGUUGCCCAUGUUACCAAAUGUACUGAUCAAAAUCAAGCUGAGUAUAUACUGGAUCUUCAGAAGCAACUCACUUUAAUGAGUAUCGAACCCAAGGAGGGUGUAAAUGGUGGGAUAAACGGUGAUGACUCCAUCACAAGCGUGGCCCCUGUUGAUAAGAUUCGAUCGCAGUUGGAUGAUGCAAUAGCGAGCGAAUGCCCAUUUUGUGGGGAUCUGAUGAUAAGCGAGAUAUCGAAACCGUUUGUUUUACCAGAAGAAUCGUAUCUUGUGUCUUCAUGGGAGAUCAUGUCAAAGAAUAUGGGAAGCGAGAAGGGCAUUUCUUUUGUUGUAUAGAAACAAACAUGGAGUUGAUGUAUAUUAUACUUUCAUUGUAUUCAUUAAGUUCAUCUCCAAAAAASUAAAGUAUGAUGAGAUGGGUUCGGGUUUGGGUUUUGGUUCGGGUUUGGGUUGUUGAUAUCACUUGUGUUAAUUAAAUCAUCCAAAUUCAUUAUUUUUAAUCUUAAUUAUUGUCAUGUUUUUUUA